CUCCUGCGUCUGCGCGGAAGAGUGUGCGCAGGGCGGGGCCCGCUCGUUUGAAUCCUGGAGGGGAUGUUUGAACUCCGGAGGUUCGGGGACAGAGGAAUGUAUUAGCUGCACUGCUGGUGGGAAUGCAGACUGGUGCAGCCACUGUGGAAGGCAGUAUGGAGUUUCCUCAAAAAAAACAUGUGCAGUAAUGUCAACUCAAAAGAGAGUUAAGAACUCUCAGACACCAAGAACUUCACAACAUAGUAAUAGUUAUCAGACUAAUCUCUUGGCUUGGAAACUGAAAGAGGACCUAAGCAACUCAAAGAGCAUCUCGAAACAUGGACAAAACAGUCCAGUGGAAGAUUCUGAACAAGCUGAUGCUGAUGAGCAAGCAGAAGAUGCUCUGCAAAUAGCAGUAAGAUACUUUGAGAAAGGUCCCUUUAAAACUUCACGGAGUAAAGAUAAAACCUUGGAAAAACACUUGAAAACUGUGGAAAAUGUGGCUUGGAAGAAUGGUUUAGCUCCAGAAGAAAUUGACAUCCUAUUAAAUGUGGCACUCAGUGGCAAAUUUGGGAGUGCUGUAAACUCUCGGAUAUUGAGAUGCAUGAUUCCAGCAACUCUAAUAUCAGAAGAUUCUGUGGUUAAGGCGGUCUCCUGGCUUUGCGUUGGCAAGUGUUGUGGUAGCACCAAGGUACUUUUUUAUCGUUGGCUGGUUGCAAUGUUUGACUUCAUUGAUCACAAGGAGAAAAUUAACUUGCUCUAUGGCUUCUUUUUUGCUUCAUUGCAAGAUGAUGCACUGUGCCCUUAUGUCUGCCAUUUCUUAUAUUUACUUACCAAAAAAGAGAAUGUCAAACCAUUUCGUGUGAGAAAACUGCUUGAUCUUCAGGCAAAAAUGGGAAGGCAGCCUUAUCUCCAUGCUUUGUUGUCGCUGUAUAAGUUCUUUGUUCCCACUUUGAUUUCUGUAUCACUGCCUGUGAAGAAGAUCUAUUUUAAGAAUCCAGAGAAUCUGUGGAAGACAGCUCUAGUUUCUGUGAGGCAAAGGAAUCUGUGGAAGACAGCUCUAGUUUCUGUGAGGCAAAGGAAUCCAGAACCUCUGAAGCUGAUGUUAGGUCCAGCUACUGUCCGUCCUAGAAAAAGAAAAUGGAAUUCGCAUUCACUUAUACCAGUGCUAAAUUCCAGUAGCCACAAUAAAGAAUAUGGAAAAAAAGGGAUGAGUCUUUCUGAUUAUCUCAGUAGGAAUAGAGCAUUUUCAGGAGAACAGCUUAAAAGCUUCCCUCAACUCUUACAGAACAUUCAUUGCUUAGAGCUGCCUUCUCAGAUGGGUGCAGUGCUAAACAACUCUCUGCUACUUCACUAUAUUAACUGUGUCAGAGAUGAAUCACUUUUACUGAGGCUCUAUCAUUGGUUGAGUCAAACAUUACAAGAAGAAUGUAUUUGGUACAAGGUGAAUAAUUAUGAAUGUGAAAAAGAAUUUACCAACUUCCUGGACACUAUCAUCAAGGCAGAGUGCUUCUUACAAGAGGGUUUUUAUUCAUGUGAAGCAUUCCUGUAUAAGAGCCUUCCUCUCUGGGAUGGCUUCUGUUGUCGAUCACAGUUCCUUCAACUUGUGAGCUGGUUUCCUUUUAGCAGUUUCUCUGAGGUGAAGCCAUUUAUUUUUGACCGUCUGGCACAGCUCUUUUUUACAUCAACCAUUUAUUUCAAGUGUAGUGUUCUUGAGAACCUGAAAGAGCUACUGCAGAAUUGGCUGUUGUGGCUUUCUAUGGACAUCCACAUGAAAACUGUGACGGACAGUUCUCUAGAGACAACUUUCAGUGGAUCCAUGCAGUCUGUGUUUGAACUAAUUCACUAUGUAGGGUGGCUGUCCAUUAAUGCAUUGCGCUUGGAAAGCAGCAGUACUUUCUUGCUGCACUUUGUUUUGGAUUUCUAUGAGAAGGUGUGUGACAUAUAUAUAAAUUAUAACCUUCCAUUAGUGGUGUUGUUUCCUCCUGGGAUCUUCUAUCUUGCGCUCCUCAGUCUGGAUUCCAGUAUCCUGAACCAGCUCUGUUACAUUAUGCACAGAUACCGUAAUAAUUUGACAGCUGCAAAGAAAAAUGAGUCGGUACUAAAGAAAAAAUCAGAGUUCAUAUUCAGCAGCAAGACCUAUCAAGAAUAUAAUCACUAUUUGACAGCCAUGGUUGGGUGCCUGUGGACAUCCAAACCCUUCCAGAAAGGAUCAUAUUUUGAUCCCGAAGUCUUUAAAAUAAUUGGAAUAGCAAAGUACAAAACCAGUUUAAAUUUAGUCCAUCACCCUGCUCUUUUGAGUUAUGCUAUUUCCUUUUUGCUAAAGGAAUACCCAGAAGAAAGGACAGUAAAUGUGAGCUCCAUUCGGGGAAAGAAAUGGAAUGAAUAUUUGGACUAUUUAUUUUCAGAGGGCUUACAAGGCUUGAAACUUUUCAUAAGAAGUAGUAUUCAUCAUUCUUCUGUCCCCUGAUCAGACAGCAUAAACUCCAUGAUCAACAUGAAAUGAAUGCUGACAGAAACAAACCAAGCAUACUGGACUAAAUUCCUUCCUCAUUGCCAGAGAGGCCAAGUGGCUCACCUUGAGUUUCCAUAUACUUUUUACUAACACACUGUCAUCCUCAGGUAGUGCUUGGACUGGCCUUUGAUCAUGGCUCAGGAGAGCUUUGAUGUGGCUAGCUUUGUUUUUCGGGGUCUAGAUUCUAAUGCACUAGCGAAAAAUGAUUUAAUCAUCAGGCUCUACCUUUCACCAAAUUAUAUAUAAAGAGAUAUAUCCAUUAUGUGGUGGGGCUUUUCACAUUCUUGUGGAGUAUAAGCUGCCUUGAUGGAUGACAGAGGUGAUAUACAGUAGCAAUUAAGCCACAGACAUACUUAUGCAAAAUACUCUGCUGUCUCUAUGAAACCUCCAUGGAUACUGCCAUUUUUUUCUGACUGUGAGCAAUAGCACCAACACCAAGUUAAUGAGUAGUUGGCUGAUUCCUUGGUUUUCACUGGCAACAACUUGAUGAGAGAAGGAAGGAGAGAAAAUUAUGGGAUAAUCAAGACAUUCCUACUUAUUACGGGUUUGAUUUCAUGAAACUGCUCUAGUUUGUGUGUAUAUAUGUAUAUACCCCAUUUUUAAGUGUUUAGGCAACGUUAUUUUCAGGAAUAAUUCUGAAGCCUUUUUAAAAACUUUGUGAUAGCUAGAAUAUCUUGCUGAAAAUUUACUUUAAAUUUCGCUUCAGUGCUACGGAGUAACUCUCUCUUUUAAUAAAAUUCAUAUCAUUUGAGAGAAAUCAAGUGGAAUUUUUUAUUUUAGGGCACAUUUUUAUGGUUCUUUUUUCUUUUAAAGCAAAAUUUUAAACUAUAUUACUGGUUAAUGUUCAGAAUAGAAUCUCAUUUAUAAAUUCAUUGUUUUUAUUCAAUACAUUUUUACUGAGCAUAUUGUGUGCCAGGUAUUCUGUGUGCUGAUUAUAACAGCUGUGACCAAUACGAAGUACUGGCUUUUGUGGAAUUUAGUAUAUCCCAUUGGAGAAGACAGACAAUAAAACAGUAAAUAAAUAUAUAAAAUCAGUUGAUAUAAAGAAAAAGCAGGGAAUAGAAACAGAAUGUUGAGAGGAUUGCUAUUUUAGAUAAGGUGGUUAGAGAAGACCUGUUUGAGAAGUGACAUAUGCAGAGGCCCUAAUGAAAUAAGUGUAUGCGCCAUGUGAAUAUUUGAGGAAAGCAUUCUGGGCAGAGGUAAAGGCAAGUGAAAAGGCUUAAAAAUGUUAACUUUCUUGGCCUGUUUGAAUAAUAAUAGGCCAGUAAGAUAAAAACAGUGAUUAAGGGAUAGGAAUGGUAAGAAAUGAAACAAGAGAAAGCCAGAGAGUAGUUCAUGAAAGUCCUUAUAGCCCAGAAUGGAUAUAUAAUGGGAAGCCAUUAGAAGAACUGAGAGCAGAGGAGUGACAUAAUUUGAUUUUCCUAAAUGGAACUGUAGUGUGAAGUUAGACUGAAGAGGAAUUAGUGUGAAAGAGAGACCAGUUAGUUAGGUUAUUACAGUGUUCCAGGCAAGAGUCUUCGAUUAGCGUGACUGAUGAGGAGGAAAUGUUUAGAUAUUGGAUUCAGGCUCUACUUUACUGGUAAAGGUAGAAAAGAUAGGAUCUGCUGAUAAUGGGUAUAAGGAGAGGGAAGAAGAUGGGUAAAGGAUGACUUUCGGGUUUUUGACUGAGAAACUGGGUAAAUUCUGGGAUGCAGAGAGGAGGCAUACUGGAAGAAGAACCAGUGUGGAGGAGUGUGGAAUCAGUUCUGUUGAGGCCAUGUUAAGUUGCAGAUGCUGAGUAGUCAGCUGAAUAUCUAAGUCUAGAUUUCAAGAUACAAGUUGGAAUUGGCAAAAUUAAUUUGGGAGUUAUUAGAAUAGCCACAGCAUUGGAUGAGAUCAUUUAGUAUAGCUGGGAAAGAGGUGGCAAAGGACUGAGCUUUGAGGUGUGCCAAUGUUAAAAAUCAGAGAGGGGGAGGAACCGGCAAAAGACUGAGAAGGACCCUCCAGUGCUAGAAGAAAAGUCAGGGACUGGUGUGCUGGAAGCCAAGUGAAGAAAAUGUUUCAAAGGAGUGUUUAAUGGUGUGGAAUGUUGCCCGUAAGCUGAAAAAAAAGAAGCUUUAGCUGAUUCGAAGUAAAUGUGAUAGCUUCCCCAAUGGGUAACCUCAUAUAAAGAGGCCUCUUUUGUUUUUAAGUUUGUAUUCCAAAUAACUUUCCAUAUUGUUUUUUAGAACAUGAUAUUUUUGUCUUUAAGAUCAUAUAGAACUCUAAUUAUGUGAAGGGAUUUGAUUAUUUAACCCCUAAUAAUCUUCAGAUUAUCAAAGGAAGCUUUUCUAAACUUUAUGAUCCAGAAGGAAAAAAAAUAUUUCUUUAGGUUUUUCAUUUGUUCAAUAAUUAUCUCCUGGGUGCCCUGGCUGAUGCUCAUUCAAUGGUUAGAGCACUGGCCUGUGCAUCAAAGGGUCUUGGGUUCAAUUCCCAAUCAAGGGCAUGUACCUGGGUUGUAGGUUUGAUUCCUAUGGCAUGUGUGAGAGGCAACCAAUCAGUGUGUCUCAUAUCAAUGUCUGUCUGUCUCUCUCUCUCUCUCUCCUUCUCCCCCUCCCCCAUCCUAUUCCUCCCUCCCUCCCCCUCCUUGCCUAUCUCCCUCCCUUCCACUCUCUCUAAAAAUCAAUAGAAAAAAUAUCCUCAGGUGAGGAUUAAAAAAAAAUUGUUAUUAUUAUUCCCUGGGCUCCUUUUUGCCUUAAUUUUUCUUGAUCAAUGUUUUAAUUCAUUUAAGGUUAGAUAUGGGGGGACAGGAAGAACUUAUAUGCAUAUAUGGUGAAGGCCUGAGGUAGGGAUGGGAGUGAGGUGGAGGGGGUCAAUGGAAGAAAAAAAAGGGACAUCUGUAAUA